ACAGACAGUCGACCGGUUGAUGUUUGCUCAUCACAUAUCGUCAUCGCAGUCACCGGCUGUGGGCGCUAAGAGCUUCAGCGGAAAUCUCGUUCCGGAACGUGAACUGGCCAUCAUGCUGAAGGAAGCUCUAAGCCUUCGGUAAAUCUCAUUUGCAAUGUGUGGUUUAAUUUGCCCAACGCAGCAGGUGCAUGUCGUUCAUUCUAUUCGAAGUGUGCAAAGCGAAAUGGGAUUGAGCCGGGCAGUAUACCAGGAAAAUUUUCCAUUCAAAUCGACUCUAAAUCAGUUUUUGGGCGCCAUUGCCGUUAACAUCAUCACAAUCAGCCAUGGGGCAGCUAUCGGAUGGGUGUCACCGUUCUUGCCCUAUCUUCAAUCAGGCGAAUCGCAUCUGACGUCUGGUUCGGUUAGCAUCGAGCAGGCAUCCUGGAUAGGGUCUCUCCUGUGCAUCGGAGGACUUAUAGGGGCACCGGUGUUUGGGCUGUUGGCCGAUCGAUUCGGUAAAAAGCUCGGUCUGCAGCUGAUCGUCAUUCCGCAUGUGGCUUUUUGGAUAUGCAUACUCUACGGACCAAAUGUGUACUUCAUCUAUCUGGGUCGAAUCCUGGCCGGGAGCGGAGGAGGCGGAAUCCUACGAGCAAUCCCCCUGUACAUCGCCGAUAUCGCUCACUGCAAACUGCGAGGAAUGCUCGGAUCAGUAUUGGUCAUUUCACUCAACGUCGGAAUUCUGUUGGGAUUUGUGCUGGGAAACUCAUUGUCGUACUUUACCGUGCCCAUCGUGAUGCUCGUGGCGCCAAUCCUGUUUGUUGUUAGCACCUGCUUUCUUCCGGAAACGCCCUACUGUUUGUUGAAACAAAACCGAAUCGAAAAAGCCGAACUAUCUUUGAUGUUUUACCGGGGAGUUGAUGGCCAUUUCCAGAAGACCGAUGACUUUAGGAAAGAAUUUGAGCAGCUGAAAAAACUGUCGUUAGUGGCGAAAGACCCUUUCGAGCAUAAGCUGAACUGGCGAGAUUUCUGUACAAAACAAGCCCGCAAGGGACUGGGAAUCGGAAUUUUCCUAAUGGUUCUCAAUCAAUUCUGUGGCGCUUUGGCCAUCAUCACCUAUUCGGCAAACAUUUUCUCCGAAUCCGGCUCUGACCUAUCCCCAAAUGUGUCCUCAAUCAUCGUGGCAAUCAUUCAACUAACCGGAACGUUAGUGUCCUUUGUUUUGGUGGAUAAUUUGGGUCGUAAAAUUUUGCUGCUGAUUUCCACCAUAGGAACCACAGCUGGAUUGUUCUCCAUGGGAAUUUUCUCAUUUCUGCAACACAGCGGUCAUGAUCUGAGUGAACUUGGCUCUUUACCAAUUCUCAGCUUAUCAUUCACCAUUCUGUUCUCAUCGUUCGGUAUCCUGCCACUGCCGUAUGUUAUUUUGGCCGAGGUGCUACCCCAGAAGGUUCGUAACGUGGGUAGCACGAUCAGCAUAUUGAUGAUUUCGUCGAGUGCAUUCGUGGUACUGAAGGUUUUUCCAAUCAUGAUUGACAGGGUACACCUGUAUGGCGCCAUGUGGUUUCACGCAUCGAUUUGCUUGAUAAGCAUUUUUAUAAUUUUAUUUGCUGUACCAGAAACGAAAGGAAAAGAUUUGUUGACUGCUGAUGAGAAGCCAGAGUUCGUCGAGCGGAAGGAAGUUUGCACGUGAGCUAAACUGUAGCCAGAGGAAAACUGAGAGAUUGAGGGUUAGUCCUUUUAGGUUUAUACUUGGAAUAAAGUGUAUUCAACUGAAGUUUCCACUUCAACUGAAGUGUUGUUAUGUGAAA